CUCUUUCUCUUUCUCUUUCUCUCUCUCUCUCUCUCUCUCUCUCUCUCUCUCUCUCUCUCUCUCUCUCUUUCUCUCUUUCUCUCUCUCUCUCUCUCUCUCUCUCUCUCUCUCUCUCUCUCUCUCUCUCUCUCUCUAUUUUGAAAUUCUACAGCGGAAGUUGUGGAUGUCACUCCGCCUGACUUCACGCGGAGUUUGGGAGAAUCUCAUUCACUCCAGGUUAGAACUCCCGUUGGAGGAACGGCAGGGAGACUGCGGACAAAACUCACAAGAAAACAAACCAAACCAUUCUCAUACACUCAGGAGAGGCGACGGAGGGUCUUCAAUUCGAGCCGGACCACAGAUAAGACCCGUAUCGAUUAUUUUUGUACGACGUAAUUGAUCACGACGACCCGUGUCUGCGCGUGUCGGUCCACACGUAAAGUGCGCGUUGGUUUGGGCACACGCACAGUCACAGGUUGCCUGGCUAACAUUGUUAGCUAAGUUAGCAGCCAGAGGUGAGGCGUUCUUUCCUUUUAUCGAGGUAAAAACCAAGCGGGGCCAGCUUUCCUAAGGCAGCCAGGCGUUUUCCAGACGUUCCGCUGCGUGAUCCAGUCAUGAUGUUGUGUUUUUGGGGACAUUUAUCAAGUUGGCCGGCUGGUAGCAUCGGCUGACUACAGCCUAACGCUAGAGCUUCUCCGACCUGGAUUUUUUUUAAACUCCCGUUUCAUCUCCUAUUUACUCAUUCUUCCUGCUCCUGUAUUCACUCCCGUUUUGACCCUUUUCUUUAAAGCGGACUUUGUUCUUUGGGGGAUGGAAACAACCCCCCUCUGAUAAAAACGUCUAUAUUGAUUUUUCUGUGGGAGGAUUUAAAAACUUACGUGGAAGUUUCUUUUUUGGGGGGGAGGUAAAAAGUUGUACUUGCUGGGAGGUUGAGGAGGAUUUUUCCGAGCCUGUGGAAAAAUGGAUGCGGGUAUAGAGAAGGAAUGCAGCGCCUUGGGAGGGCUUUUCCAGCUCAUCAUGAACGACAUGAAGGCCAGUUAUCCCACCUGGGAGGACUUUGUAUCCAAGGGAGCUAAGCUACAAUCCCAGCUCAGGACGACCAUUGUGGUGACGGGAGCCUUCUUAGAUGCUUUUCAGAAGGUGGCAGACAUGGCAACUGGGGCUAGAGGUGCCACCAAAGAGAUUGGCUCCGCGCUGACCAGGAUGUGUAUGAGACACCGAAGCAUCGAGUCCAAGCUCAAACUGUUCACCACGGCCCUCUCGGAAAGCCUCAUCACUCCUCUGGAGCUGAAGAUGGAGGAGUGGAAAAAAGUGGCAAGCCAGCUGGACAAAGACCAUGCCAAAGAAUACAAAAAGGCAAGAGCAGACAUCAAGAAGAAGUCGUCAGACACAAUCAAACUUCAGAAAAAGGUGAAGAAAGGGAAGGAUGAAGCGCGAGGACAGCUGGACUGCGCCCUGCAGGAUGUGAACGUUCGCUACGCCGUUCUGGAGGAAACGGAGAAGCGGGCCGUGUGCAGAGCGCUGAUUGAAGAGAGAGCUCGUUACUGCAGCUUUGUCAGCAUGCUGAAGCCUGUGCUGGAUCAUGAGAUCAACAUGCUGGGUGAGGUGAUGCAUCUGCAGACCAUUCUGGAGGAUCUGACCAACCUCACAGCAGAGCCCAAUAAACUCCCACCAGCCAGUGAACAGGUGGUUUUGGACCUGAAAGGUUCUGACUUUAACUACACGUACCAGACGCCUCCGGCUUCUCCCAGUAACAGUCUAUCGAGGAGGAGCAGCAUCAGCAGCUACCAGUCUGGAUCUGUCAGACACGUUCCUUCUCUAGACUCAAUCAGCUGUGCUGUGGACGGAGUUCGCCUUCAGCCCUCCUCCCCAUUUCUGCUGUAUGGCUGCGAUGAAAGUGGGCGGUCCCUCAGCGAAGGGAACUCCCCCUCACGACUCGGUCGACACAGCAGUCGUGGUUGCUAUGGUUACAGCCACCAUCCCACUCAGCGCCACCGUGUUAGCCGCAGAGAUCUGACCACCGAUCCCCACGGCUCCACCAAUCAGCUGACGCCUGGGGGGGGUGUCAUGGUGGAGAACGGCCUGUUGCCCCUCCCUCACAACACCUACACGUACCACGAGAGAGCUCGGGCCAUGUCUGCAUCUGGGAAGUCUUGCUCGGCUCGCGAUCAGCUGGGGUUAACGUUGGGAGUUUUAACUUCCGACGCUCCGAGGAGCAGCAGGGACUCUCUCCACUGUUCCAGCGGUUACAGCACACAGACCACCACCCCGUCCUGCUCCGAGGACACCAUCCACACCCACACUGUAAGGAGAGAUCCUCCUUCCUAUGCCGACUAUGAGUCCAUCUCUCUGCACGGAGACGCAGACUCUGUCUUCUUCCAUCAUCUGUCUCACGGCAGCAGCCAGUCGGACUUUGACAAGUCAUUGACGAUGCCCAGGAACUCGGAUCUGAAAUACCAGUACAAGGAGUUUGCUCAGUCCAAACGUCCCGCCUCCACCGUCAGCCUAUUGGCCGAGGCUGAGCUGAGUGGAAGCUCUGGUCGUCAGCUGCCUCCUCACACGGCGACCAUCAGGCGCAAGCCAUCGUCCAAACCGGCAUACCGCAGAGGUACAAUCAGCGGGGGGGUCCCCAUUCCCAUCUGCACCCCGCAGGUUCCUCUUAAAGCCUUCGGAGGAAACGGUGGGAGUGACGAAAAUGUUUUCAAAGUUCCCGCUGCUGGAGGGGUGGGAGGUUUAAGUCACAGUAAACUCUCCACUUCAACGCAGAGCCUCAGUGCUUUACCCUCCUCUUCCUCCUCCUCCUGCUCUACCUACUACCAGUUCAUCCCAGGUCAGAUGCCGAUACCAGUUCCCGUUCCCACAGUACCCUCCCUACCACCAGAGGGUGGCAGCAUCAAACAGCAGCAGCAGAGACAGCAGCUGCUGCAGCAACAAGUCAGCCAGCAGCAGCUGCAGCAACAGGUCAGCCAGCAGCAGCAGCUCCACAUGCAGCAGCAGUUUCAGCAGCAGCAAGUCCAGGUCCAGCAGCAGUUUCAGCAGCAGCAACUUCUUCCACAUCCUCUUCAGCUACAGCAGCAAGUCACCCAACAAAUCAACCAUCUGCAUCUUCAGCAGCAGCGACAGCAGCAUCAGCACCAGCCUGAACAGCAGCAGAACCUCCAGCUUCAUCACCAGGAGAACCAGCAGCAGCUGAACCAGCUACAGAAGCAGGGGUUGUUCCAGGAGCAGCACCAGGUCCAGAUGCAGGGCUCAGCUACCCGGGAUCAGCCUUCCAGCCUGGACCACAGCACUAACCAUCAGCUCCAGGCUCCGCCCACCUCCAGCCAGGAGGCCGGAGGUGGAGGAAGAGACAUGCAGACGCUCAUCAGAAGUGUGAAACUGAGAAGGACCAUCACCAAUGACCGCUCGGCCCCCCUCCUGCCCACUCCAGCCAAUUACAAGUAAGAUGGAGCAACCGGUUCCCAGCUGGAGGUCCAUGUUUACGUGCUGCAGCACCUGGGUGGAGGUGAUGGAGCCUUCCAGCUCAGAUCAACCCAGUCAGUCCGAUGAACAGUUAGUUGUUUUUAGUGAGCUUCCUUUAAGACUUUAGUUGUUUUCAGGAUUUCUUUUCUUCAUUAGCAGUUUUAUCGUGGACAAACUUUGACUCUUUUUGUUCCGACUCGUUUCCCAACAACAAUAAUUAUUCCGACCAGGAAGUUGUUUGAGUUUCAGGAAUCCAGAAGUCCAGCAAGUUCACGGUUUUCUUUUUCCCAGAUUGUCGGCUCUGGUAAAUGUUCUUUAGCGCUCCAUGGUUGAACCAUGCUGGUUAUUGAUUUGUUCGUCUGUCUGUGACGGCGUUUGAUCAGGACACGAUCAUCUCAGAAGGUCAAACACGGAACCGGACUCGCAGAAUCAAGGAGGAGCUUUGGGAGCAGCAGUUUCAGACCCGAGAUGCCAAACGGUGCCUGGAGUUUGUAGAAGAAGAGUAAAACUUGUUUGUGUGAGUUUUAGUUAUCAGUAAAGCAUGGGAGCAGGAUUAUUCCAGAAACGCGGCUAACUUAGCUCUUCCCAGAUGGGUUAUAUCAACUCACUUUCAUUCUGACAAAUGUUACUUUUUACUUUCUAGAAACUAUUUAUGACCAAGGUAUUUCCCGCAUGUUGGAGAUUAAUGACCAGAUGAAGAUCGUACAGAUUAAAAAGAAUAAUUUCUCCAAAUACAGAGAUGAAUAACUUCUCCUUUAGAUUAUAAUUAUUUAUAAAACAAUAAUUUGGCUUCAUCUAUCAGAGUUGAUAAAUGUCCCUUCAGUUUUCAGAUUUAUUAGUCAUAAAUAUUUUCAGCUCAGAAACUAAUUUAAGGCACUUUAACUAUUAAAAUGUUCAGUUAGACGUCGGGAUUAUUCCAUGUAAGUUUAGAGUGAUUUAAACUGAACUUGGGUUAUUUUUGUUUUUAAAAAUCUGAAACUACAGAGAAAAAAAAAUCUAAAUUAAGAUUGUGUUUUUUCUGCUUCAUUUCAUGAGUUUUUUAAUGAUCUUAUAUCUUUUUCUCUUUAAAACGUUUACAUUUAAUGUAAAAUUCAAACUCCAGGAACAAGAAACACAAAACGACUUAUUAUUGCAGAUUUUUACCUUCAAUAACAGAAAUUACACAUUUUUUUCUCUUUGUGGUCAAAAGUCAGGACAGUAAUCUAGAUUAUUUAUCUUGAGAUUUUGUUUGGACUAAGACAGCUGGUUCUGUUUUAGAUUCUCAUUGUAGUUUGGAGAAAUAUUCAGAUGUUUCAGCUCAGAUCCAACCUGCUUUAUUUUCUUUAGAUUAGAUUAGAUUACAGUUUAAAAUCAGUUUCACUUUCAGCCUGUUGUAGAUUAUUUAAAGCUUGAAGAAAUCAUCUGAGUCUCUGCAGCCAUUGUUUUUUUUCUGUUUCAGUCGCGUUGCCUUUAGCUGCUGUUAAACGGGUCUGUAGUUCGAAUCCCAGCACCAGGCAGCUGGAUCUGAGGAACCCGUUCAUGUUUGGAAACAUCAGGAAUAUUGUUUUGUGAUCAGGAAUAAAAGAUUUCUCAGAUUCUGGCUGCGGUCCAGUUUAGUGAACCCAACUGCAUGCUGGGAAAUGCGGUUUUCCUCUCUGGUAUGUCUCAGAGCUUCUUUUGAUUCUUUUUGAUCGUUCUGUUGACGUUCUGGAGCCGACUCGUGUGUAAAUAUUAGUGCUCUUACUCCCAGAAAUCCAGAUCUUUUAUAUAAAAAUUUACGGACACAUCUCCUAUUUUUGUUUGAUUCAUGGAUGUGAUGAUGUCAUCACGCCGCUGUUGCUCUUAUUUUUGUAGAAAACUUUAAGGAGGAAACUGUGGAUCUGAACCCUGAUUGGUUAUCAGACUGUUGAGUGAGAAAACGGACCUGAACCACCAGAAUGUAGACGGGUCCGUCUUUUCCUUUCAUCCUGGGAUUCAUGAUAAUAAUAAUUAUAAUAAUGAAGAUGA